UACAUUUUUAUAUUCAUACUGAAGGUUCUUGUUACAAAAAGGUCUCCAACACCUUGUGCUGUAUAAACGAGCAUCCUCCAGAGAGAUUCAUCACCAGCAAAAGAAAAGUUGCUACAGAACCAAGUACAGCAAGCAAGACACCGAGAUUUCUAACUUGCCCGCGUUUCGUCUGAGAAACAGGCUCCCUCUUCUUCUCCCAAAAUGGCCUCGAUUCUCUUCCUUGCCUUCUCGCUCUUCCUCCAAGGAGCUCUGGGUGACAUUGUAUGCGAGCAGUUGCCUGCAGAACUCUGUUCAUUCUCGAUUGCGUCUAAUGGAAGGAGGUGCGUCUUGGAGAACUACGUGAGCCCGACGGAUGGGAAGAUGGAAUACGAAUGCAAGACCUCUCAGGUGGCUGUGGAUAUCAUGCACGAGUGGAUUGAGACCGAUGAUUGCAUCCAUGCAUGUGGAGUGGAUAGGGAGUCUGUUGGCAUAUCUUCAGAUGCUCUACUUCAGCCUCACUUCACUGCCAAGCUCUGCUCGCCGGCAUGUUACUACAACUGCCCCAACAUUGUUGAUCUUUACUUCAACUUGGCCCUUGCAGAAGGUGUCUAUUUGUCGGAUCUCUGUAAGGUGCAACUGAGCAACCCGAAGCGGGUCAUGAGAGAGGUACGAAGUUCCGGCGCAGCAUCCGGUCCCAUGGGUGCCGCACCUAUGGGGAGUCUUUCUGGUGAAUACUAUGAGAUUGGAUAUGCCCCCGCUGAAGCACCCAUGAAUUACUAGGGGUCAUACUUGCAAAUGUCUGUGUUUGCGGUUGUAUCUGUCAAAUUGCUUCAGCUUGUGAUGGGCACGCCAUGUAUUUGCCUACAGAUAUGAGAAUUGCAAGGUGCUAUGCUCACCUAAAACUUGUGUGGUAUUGUCCUA